AUGGCUCAAGGUCAGAGUUACUGGCUGGAGCUACCAGAGGCCGUGACAGUGCAGGAGGGCCUGUGUGUCCUCGUGCCCUGCAAUUUUUCCUAUCCCUGGACUGCCUUUGGAAUGCUUUAUGUGUUUUGGUUCCGGAAAGGGAUGGAUGGACACCAAGAUCCUUUGGUGGCCACUAACAAACCAAACCAGAAGCUGCACAAGAGCACCCAUGGCCGGUUCUUCCUCCUCGGAGACCCCCAUGCCCAGAACUGCUCCCUGAGUAUCAGAGACGUCAACCUAGGGGACAGUGGGACUUACUUCUUUCGUAUGGAGGACUCCUUCAGGGGACACUCAUAUCUAGAUAAGAUGCCGCACAUCCAUAUCUUGGGGCCCCUGGAGUCCGGCCGACCCAGGAACCUGACUUGCUCUGUGCCCUGGGCCUGUGAGCAAGGCACUGCUCCUGCCUUCUCCUGGACAUCAGCUGCCCUCACCUCCCUGGGCCCCAGGGCCCGCCUCUCCUCGGUGCUCACCCUCACUCCACAGCCUCAGGACCACGGCACCAGCGUCACCUGUCAGGUGAAGUUCCUUGCAGCUGGUGUGACUGUGGAAAUGACCAUCCAGCUCAAUGUCACCUAUGCUCCGCAGAACAUGGCCAUCAGCAUCUCCCAAGGAAACAGCACAGCCUUCAAGAUCCUGCAUAACUCUUCAGCCCUUCCCAUCCUGGAGGGCCAGGCUGUGCGGCUGCUCUGUGUUGCUGACAGCAACCCCCUUGCACAGCUGAGCUGGUUCUGGGGAUCCCCAGCCCUGAACGCCACCCCCAUCUCCACCAGCGCCGUCCUGGAGCUGCCUCACACGGGGAGUGCAGGAGGAGACUUCACCUGUCUUGCUCGGCACCCGCUGGGCUCCCAAACUGUCUCUGUGAGCCUCUCUGUUCUCUACCCCCCACAGCUGCUGGGACCCUCCUGCUCCUGGGAGGAUGAGGGUCUGCACUGUGGCUGCUCAUCCCGAGCCCAGCCAGCCCCCUCCCUGCGCUGGCGGCUGGGGGAGCGUCUGCUGGAGGGGAACAGCAGCAACGCCUCCUUCACCAUCACCUCCAGCUCCUCUGGGCUCUGGGCCAACAGCUCCUUGAGUCUCAGCUGGGAGCUCAGCUCCAGCCUCAGAGUCAGCUGCGAGGCCAGGAAUGUCCACGGGGCCCGGAGCACCGCUAUCCUGCUCCUGCCAGGUCAGGGCUCUGCUGAGGGGGCUGAGGGGGUCCUGGGAGCAGUCGGGGGAGCUGGCAUCGUGGCCCUGCUUUCUCUCUGCCUUUUUCUCAUCUUCAGAGUGAAGACCUGCAGGAAGAAGGCAGCCCAGCCAGUGCAGAGCACAGAGGACGUGAACUCAGUCAAGGGCUCAGGCUCUGGGGGGGAUAUGAGGAGACCCUGUGUCACCGAGUAGUUGUGAGCAGUACUUAAAACAGCACCUGGGCAUACUGAGCACAGGACUCAUUAC